CGCCCAGGCGGCUCCGCGCCGCCCCUCCGCGCAUGCGCCGUCGAGGGCUGGGGUGUUGCUCCCUGACGGGUGGCUGCGGCGGGUCCUCGCCAUGGAGUCCUACGACGUGAUAGCGAACCAGCCUGUCGUGAUAGACAACGGUUCGGGUGUGAUUAAAGCAGGUUUUGCAGGCGAUCAAAUACCGAAAUACUGCUUUCCAAACUAUGUGGGGAGACCAAAGCACAUUCGUGUUAUGGCUGGUGCUUUAGAAGGGGACAUUUUCAUUGGUCCAAAGGCAGAGGAGCACAGAGGCCUCCUCUCAAUCCGAUACCCAAUGGAGCAUGGCAUAGUGAGAGACUGGAACGACAUGGAGCGCAUUUGGCAGUACGUGUAUUCAAAAGACCAGCUUCAGACAUUCUCAGAGGAGCAUCCUGUGCUGCUAACGGAAGCACCCCUGAACCCACGCAAGAACAGAGAACGUGCUGCUGAGGUGUUUUUUGAGACCUUCAAUGUUCCAGCUCUGUUUGUCUCCAUGCAAGCUGUGCUUAGCCUCUACGCCACUGGGAGGACUACAGGGGUGGUGCUGGACUCCGGGGAUGGUGUCACCCACGCAGUUCCCAUCUAUGAAGGCUUUGCCAUGCCCCACUCCAUCAUGAGGAUUGACAUUGCUGGCCGUGAUGUCUCACGCUUCCUGCGUCUCUAUCUGCGGAAGGAAGGCUAUGACUUCCAUACAACCUCUGAGUUUGAGAUUGUCAAGACCAUCAAGGAGCGUGCGUGCUACCUGCCAAUAAACCCCCAGAAGGAUGAGACUCUGGAGACUGAAAAGGCUCAGUACUACCUGCCAGAUGGAAGCACUAUUGAGAUUGGCCCUGCCCGUUUUCGAGCCCCAGAGCUCCUGUUCCGGCCAGACCUGAUAGGGGAGGAAUGUGAAGGACUCCAUGAGGUGCUUGUGUUUUCCAUUCAAAAAUCAGACAUGGACCUGAGGCGAACGCUGUUCUCCAAUAUCGUGCUGUCUGGAGGCUCCACGCUUUUCAAAGGCUUUGGUGACAGGCUGUUGAGCGAAGUGAAGAAACUUGCUCCGAAGGACGUCAAAAUACGGAUAUCAGCUCCUCAGGAGAGAUUGUAUUCCACGUGGAUCGGUGGCUCUAUCCUGGCCUCACUGGACAGCUUUAAGAAAAUGUGGGUUUCGAAAAAGGAAUAUGAAGAAGACGGAGCCCGUGCCAUCCAGCGACAAGCCUUCUAGCCCUGGGACCUGUCCUCGGUCUCCUCCGAAGACUCACUUCAGUUCUAAACUCGCUUUUCUGAGUCAGAGUGUCUGAGAGCUGCCUGUGUGUGUGUGUGUGCGCCAGCAUGCCCCGAUGUCACUGAGCAAAGACAACAGCAGCAGGAGGGUUGUAUUAGUACUACUAACUUCUUAUUUUUUUAUUUUUGUUUUUGUUUUUUUAAUGGAAAGGAGAAAAUACCAGUCUGAAUUUCUCCAGAAUGGCCCAUUCCUUUUUCAUUUCAGUCCCUUAAUUUAAUUUCUGUAUCUCAAUCACAUUUGUCACUGUAAUACAAACAAGCAAGCAAAAACAAAGGGAACAGCUUAAAAAAACUGCCUGGCAGGCAAGAAGGGAGCCAACCACUGCAGGCUGCUCAUGCAGGUGAUGCCUGGAUUGUCUGGAAACAUAGCUGAGGCCCCAUUGCUUUCUUCUUCAGCAGUGUCUUCACCAUCAGUAGGUUUUUGAAGUUGUUUUUAAUAUAUUUUUUUAAGAGAAAACACAUUCUCAACAGCUAAGUCCGUUUGCCCCCACUUUUUUUGGUGAGCGAGUGCGUGUAUGCAUGUGUAACUUAGCCAGAUGUGUGGGUCUGCACCGCAGCUGGAGAAGUUGGUGAUAGGUCUUAGUUUGUAUUGCAUGGAGUAGAACAAAGCAAAUUAUUCAGCUAUCAUUGUACUAGACGGUUAUUCUCUCGUACCUUGUUUUAAUACCUUUUCUCCUCUGGAAGCAAAAGGCCCACAAUGGGGUGAAGGCACUUGCGUGUUCCCCCCUCAACCUGCUGAGAUUUACAGUGCUGAGUUCUCGUGUUCUUUCUCUCUAAGAGCCAAGGCUGUUUCCCUCCUUCCUGCCAUGUCAGGGCAAAGGGAGCAUGUAUUGUCAGCCAGGCAUAACUCCUGUGUACUUUAUUCAUUCUGGGACAACAUAGUAACGGGAAAGGUGCAUUGUAAUGUAAGAAUUGUUUUACUCAUUGAAAUGUCUGAGGAUAUCUCAAAUACUGACCACAGCACCUGGGAAUUUUUGCUUUGGGUCUUCUUUGAACACCAGUUACCCGGCUGCCCAUUGUUGAUACUGUUUACAGCACACACGCUUAGCGCAAUAGCUGGCCUUGCAACACCACCAGUGACUGCUCUAGAGGGAGUCUCGUUGUUCUCUAUGAAUACACUAUGUGAGAGGACAAUAAAAUGUACCUG